ACUCCAGCACGGAGUAACGCUGUAAUGUUUGUACACAAAUUUACACAAAUUUAUCACCUCAGCUGCAGCGAUAUGCUAGCUACCGAAGCAAUCACAGGGGGGUGUUUGCUAGCCGGUUUGGGGAAUUGUUGCCAGGACGGUGGUUACCAGUGGGUCAUGAAGGGCUAGCGUGGCUGCUAACUUAGCUACCAUUUCUCUGUGACUGCCAUCAAGCAGUCAGCCGCUCACAACCGGUCCGAAAAUUAUAAUUUUCCCUCACGGUCCAUUGUUAGCGAACCGUUAUCGGGCCAGUCUCCAGGACUGUGUGAUUCGGGUCUUACUGUAGACAAAAUGGGCAAAAAGUUACGUCAUGUCUGCGAUCACAUGUUUGCGAAUCAUUUCCGUGUUAGCUUAGAUGCUAAACACGGAAAUGGCUUCGGGAACAUGCGAUCCGCUCCGCUCGACUUUGCUGUUUUUUGGCAUCUUCGUGUUUGUCUCAGCAGACCAAAACGUCAUCACAGCUGAGUCUGGAAAAAAUGUCACUCUGCCAGGUCGAGCUCCAAACAACAACAUUCCCAUCAUAGUUGUAGAGUGGAGCAGAGCUGACCUGGAAAAUAAAUAUGUCCUUUUGUUCCGAGAUGAACGAUCUUAUCCAGAUCAGCAGCAUCCAUCCUUUAAGAACCGGGUGGAUCUGCAGGACAGACAGAUGAAGGAUGGAGACGUGUCUUUGAUCCUGAAGAACGUGACAGCUGCUGAUGCUGGAACAUACGAGUGUCGAGUCGCCCAGAGAGGAACAAACCGCAGGAAGAGAGCUAACCUGAAGACUGAGCCCAUCAGCAUCAUCAGCCUGAGAGUUGAUCCUCCAGGUCCAACAGGAGGAACCACAGAGGAUGGAGGAUCUGUUGGACCGAUCGUGGGUCUGUCAGUUGCUGCUGUGCUUCUUGUUGCUGCUGUUGCUGGAUUUGUGAUCUACAGAAAACAUAAAGGUCUGAGACCUUUUGACCUCUGAAGUCCAAGUCUCCUGCUACUGGUGUCACUGAAAGUGAGGAAGAGAGAUGAUCUGAGGACAGACAGAAAUGAAUAAUGCUGAACAUUCAGGAGGUAGAUGUCAAACAUGGUCAGUUUCUGGUUUGAUUUUAAUUUAAUAUGUCAGAAUCUAACAAACAGUCAAAGGUCGGUGUAGGGCUGUAACGAUUCCUCGAGUAACUCGAAUAAUUUGAUUAUAAAAUAUCCACAAAACAAAUUUGUUGCUUCGAUGCUUCGUUUAAACUCCGCAGCGUAUCUCAUUUCUCCUACAUUAGCUACAUUACAGGUCUGUCGUCUUCUUCUUGUGGGUUUAAUGACAAACCAGCUUAGAGAUGCAUUACCACCACCUACUGCACUGGAGUGGAAGAUCAGGAGUUAGAAAAAAAACCCUCAGAUUCUAUAAAG